UCGAAUUUUAUCUUCAAUCAUGUCAAUAGUUUUUUGAGAUAAUUGGACAGGCAUAUAACUGUUAUAACAUAUAACAACCAAUUUACUCAAACGAAGUAAUGCCAUAUCCAUAAAUGUGUCCUCGAUAUCUCAAAAUUGCUUACAGUUUUACACUAUACAGCCUACUACACAGGUUUAGCCCACCUUCAUAACCUUGUUGACCUGUGCUGUGGCUCUCUUUUAAUAUCAGUCUCAUCACUGUAAGUGUAAAAAUGUAAUGGCGACAGUAAUGAGACCCAUAAAAGAGAGCCAUUUAUUUACAGCUCAUCAGGGUGGGCAACACAGCACAGGUUGAACUUGGACGAUCGGUGCAAGCAAGAUGUCCUGAUAGAGUAUAAAGUACAACCAUGCAACGAAGCAAUCUGACCCAUGCCAGUGCGUCAUCAGCUCCAGUAGAGUGGGACACGUGGCUGUGCGAGGCAGAGAGAUUGUGGCAAUCAGAAGCAACAGAUAAAGUCAUUCACAUUCUUGUUGGAGCAUUCAGAUCAGUGUCGCCCUACAGUCUGCACGCCUUGGUUCUUCAUCUGUUGGAUAAGAGUCAAGACCUUCGCCGGAUGAAACAUUCAUCUCUUGGGCUGGUUGUUCUCAAAGAGUUUGAACGAUGGACACACAUGAACAGACACUCACUUCCUCCGGACAUCAAGAGGGUCUUAACAAAUGAUGUAAAGCUUCAAGCUCUGCGUCUAGCAACCAGUGCCCACAUUACCAUCUUAGAUCUGCUGUGUAAACUGUACCAUCUUGAGGCCCCGGGGAAUGAGUUCUUGGCAUCACAUCUCAGGGUGCUCAUAGCAAGGGACCAGUACAAAGAGGCUGGAGUGUGUGUACAUAGGCUUCAUCUACAACAUUGCUUCAAAAUUGAAGAGAUAUGCUUGCCUCUGGUAUUUCAGGAUAAGAUCAGUCUGGUUGAGAAGUACGUCCAGGGCUACCCAGCUACUCAGAUUGAGCUUAUACAGAAGUUAGAUUCCUUCUGUACCAAGAAGUCAAAUCUCUUUCAAGUCAUCGAAGAGCUGAAAAUCCCGGGGACGAAGAAGGAGAAGCUGCGACCCAGGAAUCUGAGUAAAUUGAUACUUCGUCUGGCGAAGCUCUAUAAGCUGGACGGCGCCCUCUACCCGAACACAAACUUUCACAAGGAUCUUGGCGCUGUCAAGUACUUGCUCUACAAGAAAUACACAGAGUUGACUUUAGAUGCUGAGAACUGGGACGAGCUCGUUGUGAACACCAUCAGGGAUAACAAGGAGUUACAGAUUGAGUUUGUUUACCUCUUGAUGUCGUACAAUGACUUGCCAGCUGCUGCUAAAUGGGCUCUGUAUUACGAGAUUGAUCAGAGUCAGCUCUCUCAGAACGUCUUGGAAGAGAUUGAGAGAGCCAAAGAAUGCCCUCCUCCCUCUGAUGAAGUGGACUGCUGGGAUGAUGAUACAUUAAUACCUCAGAUGUCAUUCUAUCAACUGAACUUGCCCCUUGAUGAUGUCUGUAUGGUGGACACUCUUGAUGACCUUCAUGCGUGCGAGAUGCAUCUGGUUCAGGAAGGUCAAAUAGUUGGAAUUGACAUGGAGUGGACUCCAUCGUUCACAGCAACACAGAUUACAAGUGUCGCUGUCGUUCAACUAGCAACCCAAGACAGAGCAUUCUUGUUGGAUCUUCCCGCUCUAAUGACUCUUGAUCCAGUCAAGACAACUUCUUUCUUUCAAUCCUUUCUUUCAAGCACACAAGUUUUGAAACUAGGUUUUGGUAUCAGUGGUGACUUUCAGAUGCUUAGCAAGUCCUACCCAGACCUAAAAGCACCCGUAGCUAACGUCCAGCGUAUAGUGGAUCUGCUCAUGCUCAGUAAGCAAAUUCUCACAGAUUCUCCAGGCAUCCUAAGUAGACCAGCAGACCGUGGUGCAGGAGAUGCUCAGGUUUCUUCUGCCAAAGGAUUGAGUGAAUUGACUCUUCAAUGCUUCGGCCUGACUUUAGAUAAGAAAGAACAAUUAUCCAACUGGGAGAGGCGCCCCUUGCGACAAUCACAAAUCAAAUACGCUGCUCUGGACGCUUUUUGUCUCUUGGAGAUCUACUCUCUCCUGAAGGACAAAGUGAACGAAGCCGGCCUGCAGAUUGACAUGGAACCCACAUGCGCCUCCAAGACACCCAAAAAGUCCAAAUCCAAAUCCAAAUCCAAAUCCAAGGAAGCCAAAAAAGCAAAGAAUAAAUCUCUACCACAGGUUUUUAAGAUACCACCACAGGCAGUAGAGGCGAUGAUACGACCAGGAGAAUUGUCUGUUGUGUGUGAUACAAUGCUACAAGGUCUCGGUAGACAACUCAGGACUUGUGGUGUGGAUGUCAAGAUCUUAGAAACCUCGGACGAUCACGAUGAAGCAGCUAAGAUAGCUUUCAAGGAAAAGAGAGUCAUAUUGACGUCUGGAACACCAUUUCAAACACUUAAAUCCCAGGUAGGGGAAGGAAGGUGUCUGGCUGUCGACAUAACGUGUAAUGCCAAACAACAAGUGGCUCAAGUCUUCAAACACUUCAAUGUCUGCAUCAAACAAGAAGAUGUUUUCAGUCGUUGUCAGGUUUGUAACAGCAACGUUUAUAUCAAUGUGACCAAUGAAGAGAUGAGAAGACUCUGGCUGAACAAGAAGGCUCUCCUAGAAGGCCCUGUCGCUGAGACUCCAUCAACCAUUUCAGAUACUCGGGCAGCAAGCAGUACAUCGCCCUCAAACUACCCGACACGUCCCAUUCAGGAUCUUGUCUUCGACGAUGACGAGCUGCUCCUUGAUUGUGACGAAGAUAUUGAAUUUGACUAUUAUCACUCAGCCAUUGACGUUAACGCACCUGCCGCAACAAUUGCCUCUACUCAACAAGUCACGCCUUGGAUAGUAGACCCCCAUCCUGCUUCUGCAGUUCCUCAGAUGACGUCCUCUUAUCCCCAAUCCAAAUCGCCCCUUGAAGUUUCUGCGAAUACCCCAACACUCGCCCCUCUAGACAGUGCCAACUAUCGAAAGAAGAGUAAAUACUACAGGCCACAAACUGACAACAACCCUGAGCAUAAGAUCGACUUUGAAAGUGUCACCAUCAACGGAGCCAUCCCGCUUCAAGUUGAGCUCAUUCCAGAAGGUGUUUUGUCUCAAAUUGAGACUUUCUUUUGCUGCUCAGGGUGUGGCAAAGCCUUCUGGGAUGGCACUCACUAUGACCGAGUUGUGGACCAAUUCUCGCAUGUUCUAGAUAUGUCGGAUAAUUCUUGAGCUGUUUUCAGAACACUACAUACGGUGCACAUCUUUGCCAAUUUUUCAACAUAAAGUUGAUUAGAAAAAAGCAGUAAAUAUUCUGUAUGCUGUGGCAUUUGUAUUUGCAAUAGUAAGCAUUGUUUUUGUAAUAAAUUGUAAAUAAUGCUUUAUUUUCUUGUAAUUGUUUGUUUUAAGGGGAAUUGUGUGUAAAGAAGGAAGGAUUGCAUGACAACUUAUUUUCAAAUUGUGCCAAAAAAUACAACAUUUUAUAAAAUAUUGUAACAGCAUGAAGUACGAAAGAGCACACAGUGGUUGCCAACUAUACUUUUUUCCCUAUAAACUAACUUUUUAAAUCCUGAGUAAUGUAGCCUUAUUUUAACCUUAAGAACUCGGUGAAUAAGUAGUAACUUCUAAUUUUAUUUUUUAAUUAUAAACAAGUUUGCUCUAGAAUGAGGGUUUAAUUUGUUUGAUUGGUUUUGUUUGAGGUGGGGGGGGGAGUCAAGUAUGUACUUAUUAAUUUUAGUUGGUAAGACACUGCUCUAGAAUUGCAAGGGUCGUGGGUUCGAAUCCCACCCGAGUAACAUGCCUGUGAU